AUUUAAUUAAUGGGAACAUGUUAAUACAAUAAUUGCAAGUCUAAUAUAGAAAUUUGCACUCUCAACACAACAGUUAACAUUAUUGAUUAAUUAAAUAAUGAUUUCAUGGUUGUACAUGAAGAUUAUGAUCAUCCACUCUAUGGUUAAGUGAAUAUACUGGAAUAUAAAGAGCCCAAAUAAUAUGAUUUUAAAUUAGUACAUAAACUUCUUACCUUUACAGAAAAAGAAGACUUUUAAUAGGCUUUACAAUAUUAUGAAUCUAAAUUUUAUGGGUUUAAUCAUCCAAAUCUUCUCAUUAUACAUGGUAUCAACUAUUCGAAUUAAUUUAAGCAAUGUAGUACAAGUAAAUCGAUUAAUUUUUUACAACAGAAUACAAAUUAUCACUUUUCUUAGAUUAUUAUGAAACUACCCUUGCUUAAGAAUUAAUCUAUAGAAAGAAAAUCUACUUCGAAGAAACAGAGAUUUUAUUCUUUCUAGACUCACUUAUAGGAAGUUAAGCGUUUCUCUAAUCUAAAGGUUAUGCUUUAACAUCUUUGAAAUUUGAUAAAGUAUAUCUCUCCAACCUAUUAAAUGGAGCAAUUGGACUUAAAAUUUAGAGUCCACUUUUCAAAAAUUAAGAAGAAAAUCAAUUCUCUGAAUUAUUCACUAAAAUUAUGAAUGGAGAAGAAGUACUAUUACAUUAAUAUCCUUACAUAACUCCAGAAUAAUGGUUAAUGAUACAAAACAAAUAAUUAGAACCAUAUAAUGAAUAUAAAAGCAAUGUUUUUAUUUUAGGUUUAGUAAUAUAAUAAAAUAUAUUUUUAGAUGACUCUUGAACUCUGUUCAGCAAAAUAAAGUAUUACUCUUUAUUAGGAUUAUAUGAUUGAUCAAAAUAUAUUGAUAGAAUAAAUAAAUAAAAUUAAUGAUAGAUAUGGUGAAGCUUUGCCUUUGAUUUUAGAAGCUAUGUUACAUUAUGAUCCAAAAGAUCGUCGUGAUUUUCUUUAGUUAAAUGAAUUACUUGAUGCAUCUUAAUUAAAAGGAAAGAGAUUGGCUUAAAUUUGGACUUCGGAUGAUUAUCAAUAUAGUUUAACUGAAAAAAAGGUAUAUUUAUAAAUAUAUAAUUAAAAUUAGGUUCAUUUUUCAACUAAAUAACAUUCUCUAAUACAUCCUGAAGUUUAAUCUUAAUUAUCGAAUUAAUCUCUAUUAUAAAAAGGAUCGCAUUUAUCAAUUCGUUAAGUGAUAUCAAAAAAUUCAAAAGAAUCAAGAGCAUCUAGUGUAAUUACAAUAAAUAUAUUUAGUCAUUUAUUUAAAAAAAAGAAUCAUAUUCUCCUCAGAUAUAAAAGAAGAAUUUAUUUAAGAAAUUUGAGACUGAAUAAGCUUCAAAAGGAGGAAGUAAAAAAUUAAUUACACAGGAUGGAUUUGGAGUAGAAACAACUCCAAAUGGACUAACUUAUGAAGGUUUUUUUAAUGCUGGCAAGAAAUAGGGAAUGGGUAAAUUAAUAAAUGAUGACAAUGAAGUAAUCUAUGAAGGAUAUUUUCAUGAGAAUUAGUAAAUUUAAUAUAAAUUAUCAGAAAAGAUUUCAUCGUAGUGGAAUAUUAAAAAACUAAUAAGCUUAAAGUUAUUUAGAAGCCUUUAAUUAUAAAGAUUUUAAUUAAUUAGGUGACAAAUGGGCUAGAUAUGAUGGUGAUUUUAAUUUUGGUUAAUAAGAAGGAUAUGGAUAAUUAGUAUUAACAAAUGCAGAAAGAUUUACAGGUUUAUUUAAAAAUGGUAAGAUUCAUGGUGCUGGUGUAUUUUAAACUUUAGAAGGUAAAUAAAUUAAGGGAGUAUGGAUUAAUAACAUUUUUUAAGAAUCAUGA